AUGGAAGAACAAAUAGAACAGGCAGUCCUCUGUGCCUUGAGUCCUCAAGUCGACCCCAACAUGAAAGCUCAGGCUAGCGCUUAUUGUGAACAAGUCAAGAAUUCGCCUGAUGGUUGGCAAAUGUGCUUGCAAUUAUUUAUGCGUCAACCAAAAGCUGCUGCAGAAGCUCGUUUUUUCGCUUUGCAAGUCAUAGAGAAUACAUUGCAGAAUAGAUAUGAAUCUCUUGACAACAAUGCAGUGGAAUACAUUCGACAAACCAUGAUGGAGUAUCUUCGCCGAGAAUUCGUCGACAACACAGAUGGUGCUUCUGAAGAAUCAUUUAUUCGCAAUAAGGCUGCUCAAUCGGUGACACUGCUCUUUGCUCAUGUAUACCCCACAGUGUGGCCGACCUUCUUUAAGGAUAUGAUGGCUCUUGUCAAGACAUCUUCAGGCAACAAUGAGAAAGCAGCUGAUUUCUUUUUACGUCUUUGUCUCACUGUCGACGAAGAAAUUGCUCGCCUCGACAUCCCCCGGAAUCGUGAUGAAGUCAUUCGCAACACCAAUAUCAAAGACAACAUGCGACUUGGUGACAUUCAAUUGUUGGCAUCAUUUUGGUUCGAGCUAUUGCAAGAAUUCCGCUCACGUAACCCCAACAUCGCUCAGCUUGCACUCAAAAACAUUGGUGCCUAUAUUGCCUGGAUGGACAUCUCACUCGUUGUAAAUGAUCAAGUCAUGAGUGCAUUGUAUGAACUAUUGAGCGACGCCAAUUUACGUAUCGCAGCUUGUGAAUGCUUGGCAGAUGUUGUCAGCAAGGGUAUGUUGCCAUUGGAUAAACUUCGCAUGAUUCAAAUGCUCAACCUUACCGACACUUUGGGAAGAUUGGAAUUGUCCGAUCCCGAUUUCGUGGAACAUGUCGCUCGUUUGACUAAUGUUCUUGGUAUCGAGCUAUGCAAAAUCUAUUCAGACGGCAUUCCUGAUGACGCAAAAGCGUUUACAGUGACAGCUUAUGGUCUCAUCGAACAAGUGCUUCCCUUUUUGCUCAAAUUCUUGGCUGACGAGUACGAUGACACUUCCACCGCUGUUUUUGCCUUCGUCAACGACAUUUUGACUAUUCUCAAGAAGCAAAAGCGUACUAUGCAACCAUACACCCAGUCGCAGCAGGAAUUUUUGGGUUCCUUGUUGAGUGUUGUUAUCAUGAAGAUGAAGUAUGACGACGAGAGCGAUUGGGGUAAUGAUGAGGAUGAGCCUGAGGAAGAAGCAUUGUUCAUGGAGCUGCGUAAGAACUUGCGUAUUUUUGCUGAUCACAUUGCGGCAAUCAACGAGGAACUCUACAUCAAUUACGUGCACUCGGUGGUGAUGGAUACUUUGAACAAGUACAAGGCUGGUAAUGAGCUUGAUUGGCGUACUGUGGAGCUUUGCUUGUACGUUCUUUUCACCUAUGGAGAAGCAUUGCCCAAGGGCGCUAUGCAUUUUGUCAAUCCAAACGAUCCAAGCGUGUUGACUCCAUUGGGUGAAAUGCUUGUUGGCGUUGUUACUUCAAACAUCUCGGCCUACCCACAUCCAUCAGCAGCACUCCAAUUUUUUGAAGACAUUGCUCGCUAUUACCAAUUCUUUGAUUAUCGUCCCGAGCAUCUUCCUCAAGCCCUUGCAGCUUUUGUUGACGCACAAGGUCUUCAUCAUCCAUCCAAGCCAAUCAGAUCACGUUGCUGGUACUUGUUCCACCGAUUUGUCAAGAAUCUCAAAUCUCGCAUGAGCCAAUAUGUGGAUACCAUUCUCAAUUCGAUGGGUGAUUUGUUGACUGUGCAAGCCGAACCACCUGUACAGGCGAACACGGCUGAUGGAACCCCAAUGCCCGCAGCCUCCUUAUUUGAUAGCCAAUUGUAUCUCUUUGAGACUGUUGGCAUGUUGAUUUCACUCGAAGGAAUGGAUGUCAUGAAACAAACCGAGUAUCUCAAAAUUGUGCUUGGUCCUCUUGUGGAGGGUAUUCAAAAGUAUAUGGAACGUGGCUACAAUCCAGAUGACGAGCUGUACCUGCUGCAGCUGCAUCAUUACGUCAUGGCUAUCGGCAGUGUAGCAAAAGGUUUCCCAAAUGCUCCCAAAGAAAGCGAAUGCACACAACCUUGGGCUGCAGUGUUCAAGCAGGCUACAGAGAUCAUCUUGAAUGUAUUGCAAGCAUACAAUCGAUUCGAACAAAUUCGUGAUGCUGCCCGAUUUUCAUUUGCCCGAUUGGUCAAUUGCCUUGGAUCAGCAGUGCUUCCCUACUUGCCCACAUUGAUCAAUGGCUUACUCGUCGAAUGCCAAUUGACCGAGCUUGUCGACUUUUUGCCCUUCAUUGGUCUCAUCACUUUCAAAUUCAAGCCAAUGAUCCAAAGCAUUAUGGAUGAGUUGCUAUUACCACUUGUGAAACGUGUCUUUGAUUUCCUGAACGUGGCUCCCAGUGGCACAGAUGAAGCUGUACUCUUGAUCGAUUUGCGGAAAGCAUAUUUGAACUUCAUCACCGGCCUGUUCAAUGCAGAUGUUUCAGUUGUGCUCUUCAGUGAACGUAACAUUGGCUAUUUUGAUACCAUUUUGCAAACCAUUCUUCACUUUGCCAAGGACAAUAAUGACCCAGCAACACAAAAGAUGGCAUUUGGUGUAUUUCUAAAGAUGGUGACUGCAUGGGGCGCCAGUGGGGCUACUCCAGGAUUUAGCCAGUUCGUGUACAAUGAGAUCGUUCCUGCCACAUUUACAGUGCCCAUGCAAGCUACAUUUAACUUAUCCGAUGGACAAUCCACUUUGGUGUUUGGUGAAUUAACAAGUAUCCAAAAGAUGCUCUACGAAAAGCAAGGCAACGAGUUUCUAGAAUACAUCAGCAAUGUGUUUUUGCCAUCCAUUCAAUGCCCACCAGAGACAGCAUCCAAUUAUUGCCAAGCAUUGCAGCAAUGUGAUGCAAGGGCCUUUAAAAAGUAUUUCCAGACAUUCAUUCAAGAAGCCAAAAGCUCAUAG